AUGGGUUCACUUCUAUUCAAACUUAACAGGAAGUUCGUGCAUGUGAGCGUAGGAUUAGUUUUCAUGCUUUGCUGGCCACUAUUCAGUUCUGGGCAUCGAGGUGCACUAUUAGCUGCAACAAUUCCAGGGUUUAACAUCAUACGCAUGCUUCUUGUGGGAUCUGGCAUUUGGAAAGAUGAGGCGACGGUAAAGUCUAUGAGCAGAUUCGGGGACCGCAGGGAACUCCUUGAAGGGCCACUAUAUUAUGUUCUCAUGAUUACAUUCGCCUGCGCAUAUUACUGGAGGACUUCGCCAGUGGCAAUUGCAGCAAUAUGCAACCUCUGUGCCGGAGAUGGCUUUGCAGACAUUAUCGGAAGGCAGUUUGGCCAACAUAAAAUUCCUUACAACCCUAACAAAUCAGUUGCAGGCAGCAUCGCGAUGGGCUCGGCUGGGUUUUUAGCGUCUCUCGGGUUUUUGUCCUAUUUUUCUUCAUUUGGCUAUAUCCAAGGAAGUUGGGAGAUGGUUGGGGGUUUCUUGAUGGUCUCUUUUGCUUCUGCACUGGUGGAAUCACAUCCUCUCAGCUCUCAGAUUGACGACAAUCUCACAGUUCCCCUAGCUUGCGCAUUGGUGGGGAGCCUUGUCUUUUAGGCAGUUAACAUUCAAUAUGACGGUUUGUUUUUCAGGAAAAAUAAAGCAUUCAUUGUCAAUAUA